GGUUGGCCGCAUGGAGCACGCACUGCGCCGGAAUCCAUCUUGGAGCAGCCUUGGGGGACCUGAGCAUCAAGGCCCCAUUCCCCCUUCCAGAGAUGAGCUUUCUAGAACAAGGAGAGAGCACUUCAUGGCCAUCGCCGGCCAUGACCACUGGCUCAGAAAGAAGCCAGGAGAAAGAGGGGGCCAAGGCCUCAGGAUGGACAAGGCAGGAGGCUGUGAAGGAAGGGGAGCUGCCAGGUGUGGGGGAAGAUCCCCAGGCCAAGCCACCUGCUGAGCACACCGGGCUGGAGGCCACAUUCCCCAAGGCCACACACUUGUCCCAAGCUGCUCCCUUGACCAAAGUGGGCACUCCGCCAACAGAGUGGGAGAUCUUCCCCCCUAACUAUGCAGCCUCAGCUGCUGGCUCGAACACCGACGACCUGGAGCUGGACAUGGAGUUCCCAGUCACAGCAUCCUGGGGGUAUGAGCUGGGCCUGGUGGAGGAGAGGCCUGCCCUGUGCCCGUCUCCACGGGCCCUCCUACCCAGGCUGGGCUGGGAUGAUGAACUGCAGAAACCCGGGGCGCAGGUCUACAUGCACUUCAUGCAGGAGCACACCUGCUACGAUGCCAUGGCAACAAGUUCCAAGCUGGUCAUCUUUGAUACCACGCUGGAGAUCAAGAAGGCCUUCUUUGCCUUAGUGGCCAAUGGCAUCCGGGCGGCACCGCUGUGGGACAGCAGGAAGCAGAGCUUCGUGGGGAUGCUGACUAUCACAGACUUCAUCUUGGUGCUACAUCGCUAUUAUAGGUCCCCGCUGGUCCAGAUCUAUGAGAUUGAAGAACAUAAGAUUGAGACCUGGCGAGAGAUCUACCUUCAAGGCUGCUUCAAGCCUCUGGUCUCCAUUUCUCCCAACAGCAGCCUGUUUGAAGCUGUCUACGCCCUCAUCAAGAACCGGAUCCACCGUCUGCCGGUCCUGGACCCGGUCUCCGGCGCUGUGCUCCACAUCCUCACGCACAAGCGGCUGCUCAAGUUCCUGCACAUCUUUGGCUCCCUGCUGCCCCAGCCCUCCUUCCUCUCCCGCACCAUCCAAGAUCUGGGCAUCGGCACAUUCCGGGACUUGGCCGUGGUGCUGGACACAGCGCCCAUCCUGACGGCACUGGACAUCUUUGUGGACCGGCGCGUGUCUGCACUGCCUGUGGUCAAUGAAGCUGGACAAGUCGUGGGCCUCUACUCCCGCUUUGAUGUGAUUCACCUGGCUGCCCAGAAAACCUACAACCACCUAGACAUAAGUGUGGGCGAAGCCCUGAAGCAGAGGACAGUGUGCCUGGAAGGAGUCCUUUCCUGCCAGCCCCAUGAAAGCUUGGGGGAAGUCAUCGACCGGAUUGCCCGGGAGCAGGUACACCGGCUGGUGCUACUGGACGAGACCCAGCAUCUCCUGGGCGUGGUGUCGCUCUCCGACAUCCUUCAGGCACUGGUGCUCAGCCCUGCUGGCAUCGACGCCCUCGGUGCCUGAGAAUAUCUGGGUCCUCACUCCCAGGCCAUCUUCCACACGCAGAAGCCCAUGAAGGGAGCCAGGGAAUGUGGCCUUCAUCUUUCCCCACCCCCACUUGCUGGUUUGGCUCUGGUUCAGGCUUCUCCAGCCCUCUCUAACUGCCCUUGCCCUGCCUGUGCUCCCAGAAGCCCUCGGGAAUGCCCUGUCCUCCAGGGGAUGAUGAAAUUAAGGAGAACAGCUGAGUCGAGCCUGGAGAUUUAUGAACCAGAGGCACUGGGAUUACCCCAGGCCACCUGCUCCAUGCCCACCCGCAUCAACCCCCCCCCCCCCACCCCCAGUGGCCCCAGUGGAGCAGCGAGCCCUCAGCCGGCUGGGUUUAGUCAGGGGCUCUGGAUUCCUCAGCCUCUGGACUACCCAGGAGGCCCUGCUGCUCUUCCACACUACUAAGGGUGGUUCGCCACAACCUGGCCACUGCCCCCCUUCCCUCCCAGCAUUGAAACGGCAGCCAUGUGGUGAGCCUGUUGAGUGGGGUCCUUGCACCAUUCUCGUCCUGAGCACCAGCAAACAGUGCUCAGUCCCCAGUGAUGGCCUGUGUUUGGACCACUGAGGAUGCACCGUUGAGGAAACAAAAAGAAAAAGAACAAUUGACCUGUGAACUUAAAUCAUAUAUGUUUCACUCUGAAAAUGCUAGUCAUUUGACCUGCACUCGUGGCAAGACCCCUGUGCUUUCUGAAUUCAGAGACGCGAGGGAGAAGCUGUAACGGACAAACACUACCACUGGCAUUGCUUUCGUGCGUAGGGCAUGAGUUGACGGACGAUUCUUUGUUCAUUUUUUAUUUAUA